GAACCAUAUUCAAUAGUAAAAAGCAUUUAAUAAUGAUUGUAAUUUAAUAAAAUUCAGUCCGUUGUUUAUAUUUGAGGAAGUUACUUGUGUUCGUAACGUAUUGUUUUACGUAAACUCCAAUCAUGACGUUUCUGGAAGACAGAGAUUUGGAAGACGUUCCGAAUAUUCCAGAAUAUUAUAAAGGAAAAACGAUAUUCAUUACUGGUGGAUCGGGUUUUAUGGGUAAAGUCUUGAUUGAAAAAUUGCUCUAUUCGUGUGCGGACUUAGACAGAAUAUAUUUGCUUCUUAGAAGCAAGAAAAAUGUCACUCCAGAAGAAAGAUUAUCAGCAAUAUAUAGAUCCAAUUGUUUUGAUCGCCUCCGCAAAGAGAAGCCUGGCGUGUUCCAGUCUAAAGUAUUUUUCAUUGCUGGAGACAUUUCGGAAACUGGAUUAGGUAUAUCAGACGAAGAUAGAACGUUAAUCGUUAAUAGAACACACAUUAUAUUUCAUGCAGCUGCCAGUGUCAGAUUUGACGAUUCAUUAAAAAAAGCUACAAAGCUUAACUUGCUCGCUACUAAAGAAGUUAUCGAAUUAGCGAUGGAAGUUCGUAAUUUAGAGUGUCUCAUUCAUGUCUCCACCGCCUAUUCGAACACAAAUCGAGACCCCAUUGAAGAAGUGAUAUAUCCUCCACACGUCGACUGGCGUGAAAUGCUCCAAGUUUGCGAGGAAUUGGACGAUCAUACCUUACAAGUUUUGACCCCUAAAUAUAUCGGGGAAUUACCGAAUACUUACGUAUUUACCAAACAGUUAGCGGAACAUGUUGUUUACGAAUACAAAGGAAAGUUACCUAUUGUAAUAAUCAGGCCUUCGAUAGUGAUAUCAAGCUAUAAGGAUCCAUUUCCUGGAUGGAUCGACAACUUCAAUGGUCCGACUGGAAUAUUAGUGGGAUGUGGUAAAGGAAUACUCCGUACACUUUAUUCAAGCCCUGAUAUGAUCAUGGAUUACGUGCCAGUUGAUUUCACUAUCAGAUCCUGUAUCGUAGCCUCGUGGAUUAGAGGAACAAAAGCGUUAAGCCCUACAGACGAUAUACCAAUAUACAACAGCUGUGCUGGAAAACUUAAGAACAUAACAUUGCAGGAGCUCGUUGAUAUUGGCAAAGAAAUAGUCGAAGCUGUACCUCUUGACAAUAUGAUAUGGACCUACAACGUGACCGUUACUAAGUCAUUAUUUAUGUUUAACAUUUAUGUAAUGGCUUUGCACACGAUACCGGCUACAUUCGUUGAUCUUUUACUCACGUUAUUCGGAAAGAAACCUAUGUUGUUAAAAAUCCAACGACGCGUUUACGUAUCGAACCUCGCUCUCCAGUACUUUUUACUUCAGCAGUGGACAUUCAGCAACACGAAUUUAAUAUAUCUCCGAUCGAAGAUCAAACAAGAGGACCUCGAGGAAUUUUAUUACGAAAUCGAAAACAUUGAUAAAUAUGAAUUCUUUAAGCAAGGUUGCGCGGCUGGCAGGAAAUAUUUAUUAAAAGAAAAAGAUGAGAAUCUACCUAAAGCGAUGAUACAUCAUCAAAGGGUCCAGAUUUUGGACAAGCUGCUGAAAUUCAUUUUCUACGGGCUGAUAUUCUGGUGGUUAAUAAACACGAAUUUCAUUAAAAAUCUUUUCAUGUCCUAGUAUAUAUUUAUUAUUUUAAUGUUUUCUCUUAUUUAAAUA